AUGCAGUUUGUUUUUUUUGAGCAGUUGACGAAAAAAGCUUGUGUUAGAGAGAAGUCCGUCCCCCCAAUCGAAAGCAACACAUACAUGGUUGAGAUAGACAUACAGAUCCCGAGAGCUUACGACCCCUUUGCGGAGGCGAAAGAUACAGACGCCCCGGGUGCUAAAGAGUAUGUCCAUAUCCGCAUACAGCAGAGGAAUGGUAAGAAGAGCCUGACCACUGUGCAAGGCCUGAAGAGGGAGUUCAGCUACGAACGGAUUCUUAAGGACCUCAAGAAGGAGUUUUGCUGCAAUGGUAACGUGGUCCACGAUAAGGAGCUGGGGAAGGUGAUACAGCUGCAGGGCGACCAGCGCAAGAACGUGUCCCACUUCUUGAUCACGGCCGGGAUUGUCAAGAAGGACCAAAUCAAGAUUCAUGGUUUUUAG